CGCGGCUGGGGCUGACCCUCGGCGGAGAUGCGCUCCGGGGUUUUUCCUCUCCCUGGGGGGAAAAAAGGGGCUGUUCUGCUCCGGGCACCUCUGUCAGCUGAAAGGGGCGGGAGCUGCAGCCUUGAAGUAGAAAAGGAAGAAGGAAAAGCAGCGGGGAGAGAGUGAGCGGUGCCGGACAGCGGUGGGCGGUGGGCUGAGCCUCCCGGGCACCGCGGGCUCGGCGGGAGGAGGAGGAGGAGGCGGCAGAGGAUGCGGCGGGGCAGGGAUGCUGCGGCUGAACACCCAUCUGCCUGAGGAGAGCAGCAUCGUCCUCCGAGGGGAAGGAAGAAAGUGCGGGGAAAGCGGCGGAGCUCUCCCGGAGCCCUCCGAGCCCUGCCGGGGACUGCCCGCCUCACACCCCAGCAAAGUUUCCUGAGCUCGGUGACAAGAGGGGAGGAGGGAUGCGAGAUCCUUGUCCCCGCGGCGCUCAUCUGGGCUUCCAGCCCCGCUUCUGCUGGGACUAGCCGCGGCUUUGUCGUCCCCGACUGAAGGGUGAGACCCGGGGCAGUCGCUCUCUCCAUCGCCCUCCCCGGCUCCUCUCUCCAGCCCAGGAUUUCAAGGCAACAGGAGGCUGGAAACAGCCCUCUCAACACAGCAUUCACCCUGUGAGGACUGAGGUGACCUCCAAGGCUCUUCCCAGCAUGUUCAGUGAAAAGAGCAGCGCCUCUUUGUCCCAAAAACCCACCCAGAAAAAGACCCGGCCCCAGGGCCUCCCCUCCCCUGCUCUCUGCUGCGCCUGUGGACUCUGCAUCAUGCUGGCAGGGAUCAACAUCACCUUAGUGGGAGCAUUUGCCUUUGGGACCUUCCUCCCUGUGAACAACCCUCCCAUCAUCAUCGGACCCAUUUUGUUGGUGGUGGCCUUCACGUUCUUCGGUGCCUGCUGCAUCUGCAGCCGGAGGCCCCCGGCGCACGGGGCCCGGAAAUCCAAACCGGGUUCCAACAUCGGGCUCAUCAAACCCGGCAACACAGCCUUUGAAAUUGAAACCAGCGAGCACACGGUGCAGGACACCACCGCCGUCCAGCUGAGCCCCACCAAUUCCCCCGUCUCCUCCAAAAAGUCCACGCCGGUUCACGAGAACGCCAAGGCCUGCAAACUCUUCACCAUGGAAGGCAACGGGCCAGCGGCCAAAUACACCCCGGGAGGAGAGGCCAUACAGCUCAACCUGCCCAGGGACCUGGCCACGUCCUAAACACGGGCAAAGAUUUUGUCAGCGGCCAGCCAAACGCUGCAAUGGGUGGGCUGGAAACGUGGCGUCAGUCAGAGGUGUGGGGAAGGUGCUCGUGAAAAGCCAGCGGACAGUCAGGUCUCUCUGAACCACUUUAAGGGAGAUGGAUGCGACAGCAGAAAAAAAGAGUAAUCCAGAUUUUUGCUGAAACACGCCCAUUAUACAGUUUUAAAAAGAAAACUGAUAAUGAUGCUGCUGUGAAAAGAUGAUCUCGGUUCCUGGAAAUACGCUGCAAUUUUUUUGGGAGCAGAUAGGAAGAGGGGAAUGAAUUAAUUUGUCUGAUAUAAUGUGGAAAUGUGGCAGUUGGAAGGAGAGGCUACAUGGGACUGACAAAUGACAGCUCUUUCUUCUCAGAAGUGAAGCAAUUCUCGGACAUAAAAGAAGCACGAAUGCAGUAAAUUACAGCUUGCUGCCACUCAGUCACAAGAAGAUUUCAGCAUUUUUAGUGCCAGACUUUUUGGCAGUAGGGGCGAAGCUAUGUCUUCGCCACUGAAAAAGCAGUGUGAAACCUUCUCCCUCUGCUGAAAAUUCUUGUCCCAUCUUUCCCUCAUUUGGGUGAUUUUACUGCCCAUUCUAAGAGAAAGAACCACAAGGAUCACAAUUAGCACUGGUAUUUUCCUCUCAUGUUAAUGAGUUUGAGCUGCAGCUGUGCUACUCCUCACAGUAUGUUUCUUGGAAGAUCAGUGGGGCUGAAUCCGUGGGGAUGAGCUCCUGGAGUUACCAGAGACUAACAGGGAGCCCACAAAUUAAGUUUUUUGGGCCAUGAUUAUGUAUUGAGUACUAGGCAGCAUUCUUCCCACAUUUUUGUGGAAGGCUGGCCUGGGACACGCCUCAGGGCAGGGGGUAAGUAACUGUAUGGGAUUUGGAAUAGCUGUGCUGGAAGAUGGUGACUGCAUCACCGAUCUCACCUGUUUCACUGUGAGAUCCGUUGCCCAGGAGUGGAUCCUUGCUGCAGGAAAUGGGCUGCUCAGUGAGCUCAUGUGCUUGCAAAGCAGUGGGAUGACUUUGCAGAAGAGAAUUUAUCAAGAGCUGUCCCAAGCAGAGACGCCCCCUCUGCCUCAGAAAGACCUGAUGGAAUAAUGCUGCAAAGGAUUUGUGUUCUCUGGGUGACUCUGGCUGGGAGCACGGUGCUGUGCUGAUGGGCUUUGCUCUGACUCCUGUUCACGUGUGGGAUCUGGAGCAAUGUGGGAAAGGACAGCACUGCUAGGCAGGACUUGUGUGUGGGGAGGCAGCAGCAAGAGAGUGGAUUUUGAGUAGGAAUGGCUGCACAGGUCCUCUGUUUAUGGUAACUCUACAUUUGAAAUGAGGUUUUGGGGACUUUGAAUGACAAGGAAAUCAUCUGGACCAUACCACAUCAUUACAGUGGCACAGCUAGCCUAGAAUACAAAUUCUGACAAGGCUGGAGAGGAAUAUAAAGACAGGGAAAACCAGGAUGCUGCUUGCCUGAAGUGCUUUCCCAGCCUCCAAUGUGCUAUUGCUUAGGAGCUUCCUGAGCUGGAAGUGGUGCCUGUGUGUAGUAGUCCUGAAUGGAUUUCUCCUUCAUGAAAUAAUCCAUCUUCACCUUGGCUUGUCUGUCAGUUCUCAUCAUUUGUGAUCCUGCAGCAGGGAGCUGCACACUUUGGCUUAUUUUCAUCCUGCAUCCUACUACCUCCCCUUGAUGGCCCAAAUUUCCCAGGUUAGGAGGGUCAGAAAAGAGCCCAUGCCAUCACCACCACUCUGGUUUUCUGAGAUGCUUUUUCCAUGUCACUUCCCCUCCAGUCAUCUCUUUCUUACAGUCCUUUACAUCUCUAGUAACCAGAGGAAGCAACACUUCCCAUUUAGCCCAGCAUCAGCUGCUUGCCUGGCUGAGGACAGCAGAGCCCUGAGGCUUUAGCCAUCAGAAACCCACACAGAGAGAGGUGGGAGGGCUGAAGGGGAAGUGCUGGAGGACAGAGAGGGGUUGUGGCAUGGCCAAGGCUCCCCUGGGGCACCAGGUUCCCCCUGUGUGGCCAGGCUGUGAGAUGCUGUGCCGUGGACCACAUGUGGCCACGUGGGAGCUGGAGAGAAAAGCUAUGGUGCUGCACAUGCAGGAGGUGUCCUGGUUCCCCUGGGGAGCCACUGGGCAGCUGAUGGCCCCUGCAUGAGCCCAGGUGGGAUGAGGUUGAAUUGAAAUAAUUCCUUGACAAAAGCUUAACCAAAGAGUCAUAAGGUGAGUCCUUGAGUCCUCCAGCAGUUUGCUGUCCUCAACAGCUCCUUCUCCACCAAGGAAUUACAUCUUGAUUUCAGCAGGGCUGGUCUAUACUGGUUAGGAGGGGAAGAGGCAGGUCUGGGAGGAGGGUGUUUGUGUAGGGCUGGGUAGAUGCAGGUUCAGGCCUUUGGUGCAGCCUCCAGGUCCUGGCCCAGUCACUGGCUUGUGCUGUGGGAGGGCAAACACCUGCUCCCGCUCCAUGGAAAGCUGCUUUAGGGACGGGCAUUGCCAAGGAGCAGGGAUGGUAUUGGCACACCCGAGAGAUUGCUCUGGGUGGAUGGGUCUGUACAGCCUGAUCCCUGUGUGAUUUCCCCUAGAGCUCGUUUUCUCGGGGAGCUCUGCCCCCAGCACUGCCUGCCCUCUGGAAUGCAGAAACUGCUGUGCUGAGAAAAAGGCUCCCGUGAUUUUUGCCUGCCCAUGAGUGCUGUAGCAAUUAGGCAGAACAGCUUGCUGAUGUAGGUUUGAUUCCCAGCUUGCUGGCCUCACUAGCAUACAACAGCUUGGAAAUCUUUUAGAGGCAUUUCCCACGUGAAUAUGGUUACUGCAAGAAUUUUCUUUGAGCACUUGGAGCCAAAAAAUUAGCAAAAUCAAGUGAUAACCAUACAGUUCCUUUCUUUGUUCACUGAAUUCUUGAAAGCCAAGUCUGGAGAGAAUGCUGGAGUCACUCCUUAUCACGGCUGCCCUGUGAAAUGCUACCAGAGACAGAUAAUACAAUGCCUGACCAAGAGGUGACAACCAGCAGGGAUGGUAUCAGGGCAGGCAGAGGGGUAGGACCAGUGAAUUGCUGAUCCCCUGGUGUGGUGGGUGUGCCCACCGAGCUGUGAGCACAGCUGCCUGCCCAGCAAGGCGGCCGUGAGAGCAUCCACCGCCUUCCUGCUCUUGCCUUCUUGUGUCUUUUGUAAUUUCCUUGUCUGUCUGUUUGCCCCCACGAUCAGCUGUGCCUGGUGUUGCUGUGAAUCUCGUGCCUCCUUGUGUAGUGGGAGAUAAGGAGUUCCUAGUUCUCCAAAUCAGCAUUUCUGGUGUGAGUCUUUUUUAAAAAAUCGCUAUUUCCGUGUGUGCAAUGUGGAAUUUGGAAAAGACCGACACAUUAAAAUAAGUGCACUCAGAAA